UUGCCCUUCUACAUUUAGCAGCGUUUCCAUUUCGAGCUGACCAAUUUGUCAUGUUUUAACAUUAGAAAAUAUUACAGCUGUACUUUGGCGCUAUUGUGUAUCAGUAAGAGUACAUCUAAACUUAAGUACCAGUAGCUUUAAUCUCUUUAAAACAAGCUAGUUCGUUAGCGCGGUAGUGUUAGCCUUCGCCAGGAGUUUAGCCAUGUAUUUGCUGCUCGCCAUUUAAUGUUUUAGUUUGGUUUCUUUUCGUCUGCAGCAAGUUCUGAAGACGUAGGAUGUCGAAUGAUCUGGCUGGUGUGUGGGAGGUGGGACUGAGUGAUGGAGUCCACAGAAUAGAGUUUGAGCAUGGUACAACCACUGGCAAGAGGGUCAUCUUUGUUGAUGGAAAGGAGGUACUGAGACGGGACUGGAUGUUCAAACUUGUGGGGAAGGAGACCUUCAAUGUGGGUCAUUCAGACACUAAAGCAACCAUCAACAUUGAUGCUGUCAGUGGGUUUGCCUAUGAAUACACUUUGGAGAUCAAUGGCAAGAGCUUGAAGCAGUACAUGGAGAACAGAUCAAAGAUCACCAGCACCUGGUUGCUUAAUCUGGAUGGCACUGACCACAGAGUUGUCCUAGAGAAAGACACUAUGGAUGUGUGGUGUAAUGGGGAGACGAUUGAGACAGCGGGAGAAUUUGUGGACGAUGGCACGGAGACCCAUUUCACACUCGGAGACCACAACUGCUGCGUGAAAGCUGUGAGCAGCGGGAAGCGACGAGACGGGAUCAUUCACACGCUGCUUGUGGACGGCACAGAGAUAGCCGAAUGCGUGGAGUGAUGUGUUUACGUCUGUGUGGAGAGAGCUGGCGUCUGAAACUGAGUGAGGAUGCAGACUGAAAAAUGGUUCCUUUAAAUCUCCCGAGUGAGGAAUGUUAUCUCUUAGCCAUACAUUUAGUGUU